CAAAUAUACACAUGGAAUCGACAGAAGAACCCAUCUCUACACUUUGUGUGGAACAAGAAAAUUCACCUCUCUGGCUGCCUGGUCACUCGAACGGUUACUCAACGAAUGGCUUAGCAGACCCAUCUAUCGGCGAGGAUAUCCCGUUAGAGAAUAUAAGGAAACGAGGACGUUCGAAUGGUGAAUCAGAAGAUUGUAUAUUGCCCAAGAGAGCCCGAAUAAUGAUAGAAGAGGAGUUUCAAGAAAUACUUCCGUUGCGCUCCAGUGGAGGCAGCGGGGAGGAAGGAGAUAGGAAGGAAAUGGAGCAGAAGACAAAUGAAGAAAACUUACUGACAUCACCAAUUAAUUUCGAGGACUGGGACUGGGACUGGGGAAUGGUGGAAGCCGCCUGGACAAACCUACUAAAUAAUAUUGGUACAGGCGACAACGACAACGACACUGAUCCGCUCGCAUGGGAAAUAAUAGUUCCCGAAGAGACAAACGGUUUACAAUCAUCAACAUCACUGACUACGGAAGUGAUGACCCCCGUCCACCCUCAAAUUCAGACUAUGGAACGCCAGAAUAAAGAGGAGAAUGGAGGAGAGAGUAGUAGCAUUGGCACUAGUAAUAAUACUGAUGAUAGUAGGUGGACGAAUUGGGAUGGAAAGGCCGCAUAUGACUACAAAGGACAUAAGGGGCAGAAAGUGUUUCACAAGGGAGAAGCCAAUGAUGCGGAAAUAAUACAACGGUUGCAGCAAAGCAAAGCCAUACUAAAGGAAGAUUUUAAUAAACGCGAAGCGUAUAAAUUAGGAGAAAUGCUUCAAGACAAAUAUACGUCUUCGCUAGCCAGACGACACAUUAAAAACUAUUAUGUUGACCUGGCUCGACGGAUAUAUAUUCUCUAUGAAGGCUGCACCGAAGAAGAAAUGAAAGACGGUUGGGGCCGAAGUCACAUUUGGAAACGACCGAUGAAAGAUCUACGAGCCGAACGGCAGCGACGAGCUACAUUAAAAGCGGCUAAAUGGUGUAGGAAACGAUGA